GAGAAGAUUAUCGGGUGGUCGUCGCAAAAGUGUCAGCUUCGAGGAUUUGUCUUCGCGGCGGCUUUUUAGACCUUGUCGUAUACUGCCAAUUAGAUUGGUUGAUUUACGGUACACCCUACCGUCUCUGAUCAUAUCUCUAAUCAGAUUUGGAUCCUUCUACGAAACUUUGGUUCUGAGAUUCACAUUCAUUCAUUCAUUCCUCUGUUCCAUUAUAACGUUUUAUCCUUCUUCCUUCCUUCCCUCUUCACCAACUUGGCUUCACCCUCCCUCCCCCUCUAACUUCUCCAGGUUUUAUCUGGAAAAGAUGGAAGUUACCGGAGACUCUGAUAACUUAAAGAACCGCUCCUUGACUCCUGUUAGGACUCUGAGGGGUCUCAUCAUCUUACUCAUCUUCCUCUCUACUGCUUUCAUGUUCCUCAUCUACUUCGCACCACCUUUUGCUCUAGCUCUACGCCUUCUCAGCGUCCACCAAUCUAGAAAAUCUAUAUCCUUCAUCUUUGGUCACUGGCUAGCUCUAUGGCCUUACCUCUUCGAAACGAUCAACGGAACAACAGUAAUUUUCUCCGGAGACACCCUUCCCGUAGAGAAACGUGUUUUGCUAAUAGCAAACCACAGGACAGAGGUGGACUGGAUGUAUCUUUGGAACAUCGCAUUGAGGAAAGGCUGUCUUGGCUACAUCAAGUACGUCCUCAAGAGCAGCUUGAUGAGGCUGCCUAUCUUCGGAUGGGGGUUUCAUGUUCUUGAGUUUAUACCAGUUGAGAGGAAGCGUGAGGUCGACGAGCCUGUUAUGCUUCAAAUGCUUUCAUCGUUUAAAGACCCUCGUGAGCCCUUGUGGCUAGCUCUCUUCCCUGAAGGAACUGACUUCACUGAAGAGAAAUGCAAGAGAAGCCAAAAGUUUGCAGCCGAAGCUGGUCUUCCAACACUAUCAAACGUACUUUUACCGAAGACAAGAGGCUUCAGCGUUUGCUUAGAUGCUCUACAUAACUCUUUGGAUGCAGUUUAUGAUUUGACUAUAGCGUAUAAGCCUCGCUGCCCAUCUUUCAUGGACAAUGUAUUCGGAACUGAUCCUUCAGAAGUUCACAUCCACGUUAAGCGAGUUCUAACAAAGGAGAUUCCAGCAAGCGAGGCAGAGUCUUCUGCUUGGUUAAUGGAUUCGUUUAAGUCCAAGGACAGGCUGCUAUCUGAUUUCAAUGCUCAAGGGCAGUUCCCAAAUCAAAGACCAGAAGAAGAACUAUCUAUUCUCAAGUGCAUUGCAACAUUUGGAGUGAUAGUAUCUUUGACGGUACUGUUUCUUUAUCUGACCUUGUAUUCACAUAGCUGUUUCAAAGUAUAUGUUGGUCUAAGCUUCACAUAUUUGUCUUUUGCUACUUAUUAUAAGUUCCGGCCCUCACCAUCUGUUGGUUGUUGUAAAGGAGGUUCUUCUUGUAAAGAAGCAAAAACCCAUUAACUCUGUUGUACAUACAUUUUUUUCAGACAAAAAUUUACAGGAUGAAAAGAUUUGUUCGCUAUUU